ACACCCUGUCGCAAGUGACCCAAAAAACUGGCAAGUUUUCAUUUCUUUAAUGACGCACUUCCGUUUUUCAGUCCUUUCCGCCGACUGUCUACUCCAAGAUGAGUACCAAGAUCAACAGGGACUCACUGCGUGAGUCAAUCGAGAACAUUCUCAAGUAUUCCAAUGAGACGAAGAAACGCAAGUUUACCGAGUCCAUCGAGCUUCAGAUUGGCCUGAAGAACUAUGAUCCCCAGAAGGACAAGCGUUUUGCUGGAACUGUCAAACUCCGACAUAUUCCCAAGCCCAAAAUGAAGGUGUGCAUUCUGGGUGAUCAGGUGCACUGUGAUCAGGCCAAGGCAAACAACUUGCCACAUAUGGAUAUUGAUGCUCUCAAGAAAUUCAAUAAAGACAAAAAGUUGGUGAAGAAACUAGCCAAGCGCUAUGAUGCUUUCCUGGCUUCCGAGUCCCUCAUUCGUCAGAUUCCCAGAAUUCUGGGACCUGGUCUGAACAAGGCUGGCAAGUUCCCUGCCCCUGUUGUCCACGGUGACUCUCUUAUUGGAAGGAUCGAAGAAACCAAGGCCACCAUCAAGUUCCAGAUGAGAAAGGUGUUGUGUCUGGCUGUCUGUGUCGGCCACGUGGACAUGUCGGCUGAGGAGCUGUACCAGAACAUUACCCUGGCCAUCAACUUCCUGGUGUCUCUGCUCAAGAAGAACUGGCAGAACGUCCGUGCCCUCUACAUCAAGAGCACCAUGGGACCUGCUGAGAAAAUCUUCUAAGUCUUGUGGCCAUGAAGUUAAUAAAAGAUUAAAAAAUGAA